AUGUUGGUGCUUUAUUUUUUGCUAGCGUGUUUUGCGUUGUAUUAUAUUUUUAAAUCGAAUACACCGCGUGGCCUAAAGAAACUUCCUUCACCACCGGGCCAUUUUUUUCAAAUUGGACGUGAACCACAUAAAAAAUUUACAGAAUGGGCGAGAAGUCUAGGCGAUAUUUAUGGAGUACAUAUGGGUCAACAAUAUUGGAUCAUAUUAACUGGUGAUAAGGUUGUUAGUGAUCUUUUACAAAAGCGUGGUGGAAAAUAUUCAACUCGUAUAACAAGUUAUUAUACUUAUGAUUUAUUGACUAGAGGAAAAAGUUAUUUUGGUUGCCCAUAUAAUGAAAGGUAUAAGAUGCUUACACCUAUUAUGCAUGGAGCUCUAGGUCAGCGUAAUAUAAAAGAAAACUCUAACUUACUCGAUGAUGAAUUUCGUAUACUUAUGCAAAACCUUUGUAAAGCUUCAACAAAUGCAAAAGAUGGAUUUUAUCCUAAAUAUUGUUUUCAACUCACAAGUUUAAACAUUAUAAACCUCUUAUGUUUAAACAAGCGCACAGAAAGUACUGAGGAUCCAUAUUAUAAAGAAUUUGAAACUUUAAUGGGAGAACAUUCAGAAAUUGCUAAAAUAACAAAUAGAUUAUCUGAAUUUUUCCCAAUAAUGAAACUUAUUCCAAACUAUAGUUUGCGCAAUAAAAUAAUAGAAAAUAGAACAAAAAUUGAAGCUUUUUUCGAAAAAUUGGUCAAAGAAGUUAUGGAUAGUAAAGAGAAGAAGCCUUGUAUUAUUAGAAAUUUACUUUGCAAGAAGGAUGAAGGAAUUCUUGAUGAUCUAGAUGUUAUUUACCUAGUAUAUGUAAUCUUUGCCGCUGGAACUGACACAAUUUCAUCAAGUCUAACAUGGAUUAGUGCCGCUUUAGCCAAUAAUCCAGAAGUUCAGUAUAAAGCUCAUCAAGAGCUUGAUAGAGUAAUUGGUCACUCUCGUUUACCAGAAGUUUCUGAUGAACUAAAUAUUCCUUAUACGCGUGCUAUAAUAAAAGAAAGUCUAAGAUAUUGUGCACCAAUUUAUCUUGGUUUACCUCAUGGGAUUGAAGAAGAUGACGAAUAUAACGGAUAUCAUAUUCCAGCGAAUUCUGUUGUGAUUUUAAAUCAAUAUGGAAUUCAUAUGGAUGAAAAAAGAUAUGAGAAUCCUAAAGAGUUUAAACCUGAAAGAUUUUUAGGAGUUACAGAAAGCAGUGCAGCUUUAGCAAAUGGGAAUUAUGAAAACAGAGACCAUUUCGGAUUUGGAGCUGGAAGAAGGCUCUGCACUGGAAUUCAUAUGGCUGAGAUGGAACUUUUAUUAGGAGUUUCUCGCCUUCUAUGGUGUUUUAAAAUAGAAAAUGCGUCACCGUUAGAUAAAGAUGGUAAACCAAUACCAAUCGACUUAGAUAAAAUACGCUUUGGUAUUACUGUUUGGCCUGAAGAAUAUUGUGUUAGAUUUGUAAAAAGGCAUGAUAAUGUCGAAAAGGUUUUAUCUAUCUAA